UGUUAGAUACGACUAAUAAUAUCAURUAUUUAAUGGGCGUUAUUGUAAUGUGUGUUCACUGUAUUGAUAACAACAAAACAAUACAAUUGAUUGAUUGAAUUGAAUUGACCACUGAUUUCGGUAAUCAAAUCAAACAAAAAAUAUGACCAAUUUAUCGGCAAAAUUGGAUUCAAUGAUAUCCAUCGAUGAAAUUGAAAAGACUGGUGUAUUGGCCGCGACUUCAUUGUUGCAUAAGAGGGCUCAAGACAUACGACAACAACGAGUCAAUUGGCAGUCGUAUCUGAAGUCGCAGAUGAUGUCACAGGAAGACUACCAAUUCAUAACCCAAUUGGAGUCGUCGACCGCUGCCGACCAACGAAACCAAUUGCUCGGUCAGUACGGACCGCAAUGCGCCACAACAUUCAAUGCACUGUUGGGUCACAUAUCCAAAGAUCAGACCAUCCAAUACAUACUCUGUCUGAUCGAUGACUUGAUAUUAGAUGACAGAUCCAGAGUCGAGAUAUUCAAAGAAUACUCGAAGAAGAAGAAGGAGAGCGUCUGGAAUACAUUCCUCAAUCUAUUGAACAGAAACGACACGUUUAUCCAGAAUAUGACUGCUCUAAUCAUAGCAAAGAUCGCCUGUUGGACAACCAGUGAACCGAUUGAAGGAUCGGAUCUGAAUCUGUAUCUAACAUGGCUUAGGGAUCAAUUGAAGUUAUCAGGCAAUGAAUAUCUGCAAUCUAUCGCCCGUUCUUUGCAAAUGAUGCUACAGAAUGACCGCUAUCGGGAUGUGUUUGUCUCGAUGGACGGCAUCACUACCAUUGUGUCGGUAUUGUCUGGUAGAGUCAACUUUCAAAUACAAUAUCAGCUAUGCUUUUGUCUAUGGAUAUUAACAUUUAACGAGCCAUUGGCCACCAAAAUGAAUAAAUACAAUAUCAUACCAGUGCUCGCAGAUAUACUGUCCGAAGCGGUCAAAGAGAAAGUGACCCGAAUGACUCUGGCCACAUUCAGGAAUUUGAUCGAAAAGCCUAUCGAUACAGAUAUAUCCAGAGAUAACGCCAUAACUAUGGUUCAGUGCAAGGUACUGAAACAAUUGGAAAUAUUGCAACAGUCGGGCCAAAAGUUUGACGACCCGGACAUCAAAGACGAUAUCGACUUUUUAACUGAACGUCUAUUGGCCUCAGUCCAGGACUUGUCCUCUUUUGACGAAUACGCUACCGAAGUCAAGUCAGGCCGACUCGAGUGGUCACCCGUGCAUUCGAGUGAAAAGUUUUGGCGCGAAAACGCCGGUCGACUCAAUGAAAAGAACUACGAGUUGCUGAAGAUUUUGGUACGACUUCUUGAGACCAGCAAAGAUCCACUGGUGCUGUCGGUAGCGGCACAUGAUUUGGGUGAAUACGUCCGUCACUACGCCAGAGGCAAAGUUGUGACUGAAAAUUUAGGCGGUAAACACCUAGUGAUGCAAUUACUUACUCAUGAAGAUCCUAAUGUCAGAUAUGAAGCACUUCUAUGCGUUCAGAAGCUGAUGGUUCAGAAAUGGGAGUAUUUGGGUAAACAACUGGAGAAGGAUACGGGACGUAGUAAAGAGCUAUCGAGUAAGGCAUAGGUAGUACAGACCCAUCAUUGGCUCAUAAUAUUCAACAAACUCAACACAUAUAAUGAUAAUAAUAAUAAUAUAUAAUUGAUUAGUAAAUUUAUUAAAGAGUGUCUAAUAUUAUUAUAAUUCCCGAGUAUUUAAUGUGAUUUCUAAAUAUUAUUGUUUAUAAAGACUUUUUUAAUAUAUAU